AUAUCAACGAGUGUCUGCUGUACCCCAGUAUCUGUGAGGAACCAGCGAUAUGUGUCAACAACCCUGGCAUGUAUGAGUGCCAGUGUCCCUCCGGCUUCAAUUACAACUUCAGCUUGCGUUCCUGUUUGGACGUCGACGAGUGCGAGGUGGGCGUGUGUGAGGGCGUGUGUGUGAACACGAUGGGUAGCUACUCCUGCCUCUGCGACGGCCGCCGGGGCCUGCGGCUGGCGGAGGACCAGCGUUCCUGUGAGGUGAUACCGGUGUGUGUUCAGCUGUAUGACUACAAACACUCUGAGAUGCUGUACCUGGGAGAACAAUUCACCGGAGGGCCUGUCAUAUACCUCCGCUUCAGACUACCGGAGAACACSAAGUUCGCUGCAGAGUUUGACUUCCGUACGUUUGAUCCAGAAGGGGUGGUUCUGUACGCAGAGUCUUCCCAGGACUCGUGGUUCAUGCUGGGGCUGAGGGGAGGACGGAUCGAGGUCCAGUUCAAGAACCAGCACUCCCUUAAGGUCACCAGCGGGGGCAAGGCCAUCAACGACGGACAGUGGCAUGUGGUAAGACUGGCUCGUGGAUUACAUCACUGAUUACUUUUUACUGUC